AUGCAGGACAGAUAUCCUUUCAAGCUCAACCGAUCUGUUGCUGAGUUUUACUCGUGUAAGAAGGCCGUCGUGCAAUAUUCAGAGAAGAUCAUCAACGAGAGAACGGCAGAGCUGAAAGCAGGAGCUACUCCUAAGACCAACGUUCUCGACAAGUUGCUCAACAUGCACAAGGGAGAUCUAACCUGGAAUCUUGUCACGUUUAUACUCGCUGGCAGCGCCUCGGCCUCGGCUACGAUGGAGUGGUUCGUCUAUUUGAUGUGCGCAAAUAAAAAUAUCCAGCGUGCAGCUAGGGCGGAGGUUGAUGCACUUGGGAGAGAUCCGGAGACAGCUGAGGAUCUCCGUAAACUCACUUUUGUCGAGGCAUGUGUCCUCGAGACUCUACGUGUACAGAGCUCGACGCCGGGUCCACUCCCGUCGAUUACCACCGCGCCAUAUUCAAUUGAAGGCAGGCCUGUUGAAGUGGGUACGAUUAUUAUCAUGAUGAUGGAUGAAGCUAUGAAGAGUGAAGAGAGAGGGGGGAAUUCAUUCAGGCCGGAAAACUGGUUCUUGCCCGGUACCACAGAGAUUAACCGUGACCUUGCUCGAGACCAUUGGGCCUUCAGCUGUGGACCUCGCAAAUGCCCUGGCCAGACUCUGGCCGUCAAGGAGUGCACUAUCAUAGCCGCCUUCCUCUUGAGACAUUUUGAUGAUAUACGUUUCACUCUUGGUUAUGAUGACGUUAAGGAGACUAUGUGGCUCAACCGUGUACCAGAGAACUUGAGAGUCACCAUGUCCCUUAGGAAUUACUGA